CCUACUGCAUCUGUUCAGCGCUGCAGCAUGACUCUGACGGUGUCUCAUGAUGAGAGUUUGACGGUCAUCACUGUCAACUCAAACCCAAAGAGCAAAUGGCCUGUACUGUGUCAGAUUCUGGGUUUUCUCUGCUACAGUCCAAUGUGUUCUGUAUCUCAGGUUGUUAAAAAAGGGAAACUGAAGGACAUCCACACAGCUUUUGGGAUUGUGCAGAUGGUAAUUGGCAUCCUCAAUAUUGCGGUGGGGAUUGCGUUUACAUGCCUCAGUUCGUGGUAUACCAUGGAUAGAAUAGCCCAGGGACCCUUUUGGAUCGGUAGUGUGUUCCUUGUAGCUGGAAUCGUGUGUAUUCUUGCAGCUAGGUUUCCCAGUUUUUGUCUGGUGAUAACUGGGAUGAUUUUGAACAUAGUCGGUACUGCACUGGCUAUCACAGCUGUUGUGCUGUAUUCAGUGGACCUUGCAAAUGAUCAUACUGGAUACUGUGAAAGUUACAAUUCUUAUUAUUAUUCACGUUAUGAUUAUGGUUAUGGUUAUGGUUAUGGAACGCCUUCCUCUGAAAUCAGUAGGAGACAGGACAUCUGUCAGUAUUACAGAAACCUCAUUGAGACUAUCUUCAAAGGACUUGAUAUCAUGAUGAUAGUGCUGUCGGUCCUUCAGCUCUGUGUGACCAUCAGUUUCUGUGUUUUGACUGGAAAAGCUUUGUGCAAGAAGGAUGAAGAUGCAAAGUCGGAUGAGUAUCAAGAACUUUACAAGCCGCUCCUGGAAGACGCCAUUGCUGGUGCUGCAUGACAAGAUAAAAACUCAAAACAAAGUUGUUCUUUGUGCUUGUAAUGCAAUGAUAUUUUGUCUCUCAAUAUUAUAUUGGAAUGAUUUAAAACAAAUUUCAUGCACCUGUUAAAUUACAUGUUUUAUUAAGCUACACUUAUUUUUUCCUUUUACAAAAGUGGUGUUACCUUUGAUCUCUCUCUAUAUAAAGAUUAUUACCUUUUUCAAUUUUGUUG